GCAGCAGCUCAGACUACCAAGAUGGACCCAGCUAGUAGAGACCAGUUAAUUCCUCCGAACGACCCCCUAACCCCUCGGUGGCUCCUGGAUAUCCGUGAUUGGAAGCUUGUGCGAUAUAUUGAUAUUGCCAGCACCAUCAAAACGGAAGGUUAUGGUAUCGUUUCCUACACCUGGGGCUAUAUCGCCGAUCUCAAAAAGCCGCAACCAGAUAAUAAAUUACCCAGUGGUCUUCUUUGGGACGUGCCAACUACCACUGGAUUCAGUCUUGAUCGAGCAAAAGAGGUUGUGGCAAAAAUGGGCACUCGUUAUGUCUGGUGGGAUUGGAUGUGUGUUCCUCAGGAAACUUUGUGUGGUCAACGAACUAUCACUCCUCGCCUGAGAAGUGCAGCGCACGAAGAAAUCGCGAAGCAAUUGAACAUAUACCGCAAUGCUAAGAAGAGUAUCGUGUGGCUUCAUUCUACAGAUUGGAGUUUGAAAAGCCCAUUGAAAACGCUCCUUCUAGCGGGAUCAGAAGACGGUGAAACAUUACCAACUGAUCCCAAAGCAUAUUUUGACAAAAUUGUGCAACUGCUCACUCAAUCCCGGGAAGCAGAACGAUGGCUGGCCUCGGGUUGGACGCUCCAAGAAGGUGUUCUACUCCCCGAAACCGUCCUAAUCGACGGCGUAAGCAAUACCCUUCAAAAUGAUAUGUUUAUGCACAAUGGGGGGCACGCUUCUGUAAUUGACUUGACGGCCAGGGUUACUAAGCUCACUAUCGGGCUAGCCCAAUCCUUCUUGCUGCAAGCCAACGGAGAAGAACCCCAAAACAAGGUCGGCAAAUUAAUUGGUGAGUCGAUUCACAUGGCAAAUGAGUUUCGCCAGACUCUUCGAGCUUUGGUCACCUCUGGCUUCGUUGCGUACGGUAAGGCUUCUCCACUGUAUAUACUCAGUGGCAAGCAGAGCCGUAGAUUCGGCAAGGUCCAGGAUUCUUGCUGGGCAUUAAUAGGAGCAAUGGAGCUUGAGGGUAUUACUGUCAACUACGAUCUUCCCAUGGAUGAAAUCAAGAUGAUUUUUCUCACGGCAUUGUUUGAAAAAUAUCAAUGGUCAAUGCUUUUGUUGCCUCAGCCUUUGUUUGCCGUGAAUAAGGGGCAGUUCGCGAGCGACUUUCAAUGGAUCAAUAUUGUGGAUGGCCUCAUGAUUCCAGUCGGAGUGUUUGUAGAUUCACAAAUAGGCUUAGCAUCCCAGAUUACGCUGCCGCGCAUUUCACUUGACAAUGCGAUGAUGUUAACUAUUCAACCACCUAAGACAAGCCAAACUUUCACCUUGUGGAGGAACCUAGAUAUCAAAUGGUAUCUACAUUACGUUCAGACAGAUGCUGGAGUUGAGAUUCGCUCCCCAGCACCAAAAACAAACCCCACACCGCGUAUCUCUGACGCGGUCUUUUUGAAGCUAGAGGAUCUCGGCAAGAACGACAACGCUGCUACUACAUCUACCGGUAUGAGAUGUAUCGCCAUUAUGGGACUUGGAACACCACAGAUCAAAGAGUCUGCCGGUAUAUUUGGUGGGAUCGUGGACCUCUGGUUUGUAGGAGGAAGCACAGCUGAGGUUUCAAGUUUGAAGCUCCACGCGUCGGCACAUUAAUCCGAAGUCCCCAAGACUAGUAGGAAAACGAUUAGGGUUUAAGAUGAAGCUGGGUAGGGGGUUUCAUUUAACAGGCUUCGUUGACUAGUAUGGUUUUUUGUUAAAUAGUGCUGAGAUUUCAUUGCCACUUUUCGAAUUUUUGAGUAAA